GUAAUAUUAUCUUCGAUCAAAGUUGAUAUUUGGAAAUUCUGAAGAUAUUCUGAUAUAAACUUUUAAUUUUUGGUACAAUUUGAUUGGUAUUUUAUUUGCUGAUAUUUAUAUUUCCCCUUUUGCUGUCAAAGCAUUAUUAGCGAUCAAUUUGAAUCAGAGCGGAGAGGAUCAAGGAAUAAAAGAGAAUAGAAGAUUUAUUUUUUUCUUCUUGAGAUGGAAGCUGAUGUAUCUAUUUUUUUUUGCUGCGUUUUCAGAACCCUAAAUUGCAGAAAUCCCAAUUUCUCCUUCUCUCUCUGCUUUUGAUGAUUUUCAACCAAAAAUUUGUGCUUUUCUGCUUUUCGAAUCUUUUGCUCUGAUGGGUAAUUCGAAUCUUCCUUUGUUGUUUUUCUUCUCUUUGGUGGCUCUCUCUGUUAUGGCUUCCGCCAAGGUUGUGCUGAUUGGGAACAAUAUCACUCUAUCCUUCGAUGAUAUUGAAGCUAAUUUUGCUCCGACAGUCAAAGGUUCUGGAGAAUAUGGGGUCUUAUAUUUGGCAGAGCCGCUUGAUGCUUGUACAGAACUAACAAAUAAUGUUGAACACCUUCCCAAUGUGAGUUCGACUUUUGCUUUGGUGGUUAGAGGGGGAUGUAGCUUUGAGGAAAAAGUCAGAAGGGCACAAAAGGCUGGCUUCAAAGCUGUAAUUGUCUAUGAUAAUGAAGAUGGCGGUGUCUUGGUUGCAAUGGCAGGUAAUUCUGCUGGUAUAAGAAUACAUGCUGUAUUUGUAUCAAAAGCUUCAGGUGAAAUACUGAAGAAAUAUGCUGGGUUGACUGAUGUGGAAAUAUGGCUCAUUCCGACUUUUGAAAACUCAGCAUGGUCUAUCAUGGCAAUUUCAUUUAUUUCCCUGCUAGCAAUGUCUGCAGUGCUGGCCACUUGUUUCUUUGUUCGUAGACAUCGCAUAAGAAGAGAAAGGCCUCGAGCUUCUCUUGUCCGUGAAUUUCAUGGUAUGAGCAGUCGCCUAGUGAAAGCAAUGCCAAGUUUGAUAUUUACUGCUGUUUUGGAAGACAACUGUACAUCAAUAACAUGUGCUAUAUGCCUUGAAGACUAUUGUGUUGGUGAGAAGCUCAGGAUUCUACCAUGCUGUCACAAGUUUCAUGCUGCCUGUGUGGAUUCUUGGCUUACUUCAUGGAGAACCUUUUGUCCAGUUUGUAAGCGUGACGCAAGAACUGGCUUAACUGAUCCACCACCUUCAGAAUCCACACCUUUACUCUCAUCAAGCCCAGCAUCUAUGGCGUCCUCUGUCUUAUCUUCUGUGAGGUCAUCAUUAGCUUCAUCUUCAGCAAUACAAAUUGCCCGUACCCCAUCUGUUUCUCGCAACCACUCUAUGGCUAGUACCCCUUGUAUUCCGCCCUCUCUCAGGUCCUACCGUCAAUCCCCCUCCCUAAGCAUCAGCCGAAGCUCUGUAGAUCUAAGGAAUGCAUCCCAAAGAUCUCUAGCUUCUCACUUGAAUUCACCACGUUCCAUGGGUUACCCAUCUCUGUCAUCUCUUAACUCAAGGUACUUGUCCCCACACAUUCCAAGUCCAAGCACUGCUUCAGUAAGUUUUAUUGGUUCAUCCAGUCAACAACAGCAUCCUCUUCGAUAUAGCGAGUCAGCUGCAAGCUUCUCGCCAUUUGCCUCUGCACACUCCCUUCCGGAAUGUUGAGCAGAUCAAUGUGAUUUUAUCGUAUGAUUGAGAUGUCUGUGCAGUUGAAUCAUUAAUUGCCAAAUCAUUGAACUAAAUAGUGACCAUGCGACACGACUGACUUGUGGUCUAGUCCCAUGCAAUGCCUCGGUGUUCCCUACCCACGUCUCCUUUGGCAAUUGACUUCCUUCUUGGCACCUGGUGUACAUUGUAGCAUCUUUGUGAUGUUAGUUUCAUUUACAUGUGCUGGUUGAGGUUCUUACAGUUUUAGGUUGGUGAGCAUGAGUACUUGUGUGUAUUAUUUGUGCUUCUGAAUAUUGAUGCUUUAAUAGCCUUGAUUUCAAAGUAUAGUCAACUGCUAACAAGAGAAAUGUUGGGCUGUAUAGACAGAUUGAAGUGAGAAGAGUUCUUUAUUUACUGUGACUGUCUAGUGGAUUUGUCCAACUGAAUGAUGAGAGAUCAUAUCAUGUGAUACUUUUAGAGUUGUGUUAUCUAUGCAUACCUCAGCAUCUAAUUGCAAAAGUGAGUAUCAAUAAUACAUGUAAAAUUUUCCCAGGGUGUAACUUUUGCUGUUGCUGUUACUUGUUAAUACUAACACAUGCUGGCCAAAAAUAAAUGUAUACAGUUUUAAAUCAUGGGGCAUCCUAUGGGGCCUUUGGGAUUCUUCUCCCAUGAUGCUGCCAUAUGGCAAUACCAAUACUCUUUACCUACUCAGACAUACCCUCUUCUGGCUACUUAAUCCCCAGAAAGUUCAUUAGCAAGUUAUUAUGUUAAAUAAAUACCUUUUUGGGCAUAUCCAGUUAUAGAAAAUUGAACUUCCUUGAACUCUUUUCGAGAGAGUGAGUGCUUCAAAAUUCAAAUUG